AUGGCUCCUUUAAUCCUGCAUAACGUGCCCGACGACGAGCUCUACAUUGGCGAUGAUGGCAUCCAGCGACCCUAUGCGAUGGUUUUCCCAGAACAAGGUGGCCAUCAGUCCAGCGUAAGGACCCGUCGGGCGGCAGCGGAGUCGGGCGCCUUUGGCAGGUCGACAAGGAGGUCCCGAUCGAAGACUGGCACUCCUGCGCGACGCGAGGACCCAACCGUACAGUCCGCUGAUAAGAUCUUUGGCGAAUGGAUCAACAAGCAAUCUCAGCCUGGCACUGCCACGACUACCCCUCAGAGGAAGCAAAGCAUUCCUGCGUCGAUCUCUCUGCCCAACAUACUGAGCACAAGUGCCGACGAUGCGGCGACAUCGACACCAUCUCGCGCAGUCUCAAAAGUCCCAACGGAAGUCAUACUGAGGGGCUAUAAGUCACACUCUCAGCAAUACGCUGCGAUCAACCACUACGAGCAGCUCGCAGGUAGGAUCUGCGAGGACUACUCACGCGACCCGCCAGUGGAGAAUCGGCGGUACAAGUCAGAGCUUCGCGAUCCAGCCUUCACUCGACGGCGCGCUCUAACUGCGGAAGAGAGAUCCAAAGUUAAUAGAGUUGACGGCGGGGAGCAUUGGGUCAAGGUCACAUUCGAGUCUGUGCAAGCUGCGGAAGCUGCCAUCUCCACGUCACCGCAGACGAUCUUAGGCUACCUUGUGUAUGCCGAACCAUAUCAUGGAAUUCCGCCAUCGCGAGAUGAGCCGAUCCCCGAUGCGACAACUGCUGCGUUGGGAGAUGAGUUACCACGAUCGUGGCGCCGACCUGGCACAGCUGGAAAUCGCACUGCAGGCGAGCUUCGACCAUCCUUCACAACCUCAUCCCUACCUCGAGAGAUAGUUGCAGGCGAGAUGGACACCUCGCCUUCGCAGUCACAGACCAGUUCUCGAACCGUCGAAAGUGGAACCGUUACCACCCUGAAUACCAUGACCUCGUCGACUGCCACCGUGACUGGCCAAGAUGCAGCGCAAGGCCUGACAUCCGAUCCCAACAGCGAAUAUUGUCGACGGAUACCAACGGCUAGAAAGAUUCGCUUCAUGCCCGCCGAGCAAGCUUUGAUGCCUCAGCAGUCGUACACGCAGAGGGUGCUCAACCACGUUCCAUUUCUCAAAUGGUUUAGCGGAUCAAUGAUUGGCAACGAAGUCCCGAGAACUGAUUUGGGUGAAUUUGACUGGGACAAAGCUAGCUUGUAUUGGAAGUUCAUCUGGUGGCUGGACUCUACUUUCCGGCUCUUCGGCGGAGAGAUCCUUAAUGCGGACAAAGAUGACUAA